AUGACUCCAGACCAGGAGCUAGCGGAGCAACUGGCAGAAGCGCGCGCUUUUCAAGCAGAAGCUACGAGAGGUGGCAACCGUCAGAAGAGUCGCCGUACAGCUCGCAACAGAGGCAGAGGCGGUCGCGAAAGUGGAGAUUCUCCCUCCACCCCUCGUAUCACCCAUUCUUCUCGUGGAGGUCGAGGUGGAAGAGGCCGCGGAGGCUCUCUUCUCCAGCCCGCGGCCUUCGAGCAAGAACAGAGCGAGAGCUAUCUCCCUGCCACGCCCGCUUACACUCCCCAGAAUGUCAAAGUUCGCCCAUUUGCCAUUCCCAUUGUGGCACCUCCUUCCGCCAACAGCGGAUCAACUCCGUCUGCAACCCCAUCCGGUAUCGGGGGCUCUAUGUUUGGCCCGCAAGCUACCCCUAAAGCCACCGCCUCCAAAGUUCAAGCUCGUGCGACAAGGGGAAGACGUUUUGGGGCAAGGAGAUUUGCAUCUCAAGAUGAAGACGAUGCCGUGCUUGCAUUCUUCAACGACGAUACCCCAGCCCCAGUUGGUGAGGUUCGGUAUUACCAGGAAGAAUACGAGAAGAAGGGAACAAGUGUGGUACCGACGCCGAACUCAUUCAGCUUGCAAGAGAAUUACCCACAGCAGUCCAAAGAGACCUCAGGUGUGGCUACCAAUCACCUUUCGGCUAGUGAUGAAGUCAACGUUGAGGUCUCGGACAAAGUGGCUCUGGUCGACUCCCAGAAUGUGAAUGUCAAAGAGCUCGAGCAUGCUGCGCUCCUUUGUGAACGUGAAGAGCAAGAGCGAAAGCAGCAGCUCCUUCGCGAGAUCGAAGAGGGAGAGGCGACUCUCGCAGAAAUGACGAAGCUGAUUGCCAUGAUGAAGGCCAAAGCCGCAAAGCUUCAUGUCGAUUCUGCUAGCGGGGAUCCUACAGGAGUCUUACAGCAAGUCACCAAUACUGGUCCCAGCGCGAAUAGUCCUCAUCAAGGCGCUUCUGCGGGAGUAGUCAUCACGCCGUCCACAGCAAAACACAGGGACACUUUCAACAAUCAGACCUCAGUCCCGCGGAAUACUGGAGGUGCCGUGCUAAACACUUCGUCCAACUCUAUGGGUGACUUGAUGAAUCUCGAUUCUGAGCGAGUCACCAUGCGAUACGUUCCGCAUCCCACCCAGAUUGAACCCUUAGGAUUCAACGGCGGUCAUUCCUCUUUCCAAAAUGGUUUCCAGGAGGCUGAAGAUGAGGAGGAGCUUUAGGAUCCACUUUGAUCCGGUUCCCUCACUGAAAUGUGUUGGCUUGUUUCGAGUAUUGUGCAUAUUUGCGAGAUCGCCCUCCUUAACGACAACGCCGUUUCUGCUCACAACAUCAACUUCGAGAAUUGAACAUAUCCCGCAACCAGUUACUCUGCCAUUGAAAAUACCACACCAAACAACGCGAGGGUUUAACUACACAUACCGACCCGUCCAGUCUUUCUUUUGUUGAGUUACUGAAUAUUACGCAUCCGGCACCUGGCGGCAUAUUGCGACCCAUGAAGCUCUCAUACCAGUUCACUUAUCAAUCCCACAAGCAUGGGAAGGAUAACAUCAUGUGAACAACAAGCAAGCUGAGAUCCCACCUUUGAACUCAAACAUGCAGUCCCCUUGAGCUUUGGGAAGGCUCAAGAGGAUCAGAGGAUUGCGCGCGAGGUGCUCCCGCUCGGGGGGCAAGACGAUGGCUUCACAGGGAUGAUAGAGGCGGACGACGGACGCGGCAGCAAUGAUGUCGACAAUGAUCAUAGCAAUUGCCGCCAGAAGGACAUCAAGACGGGCGCGACAGGAUCAAUGGGCAGUGUCGAGCACCUUUUCACGCUGGCGUUUGCCACAGAGAAACCAUCGCUGUUGAAUUGUGUUUGAUUAGCAUAUGGAUUCAUAGCGUAUGAGCGCCCAGAGGCAGGAGAGGGGAGGAAGCAUGACGAUGUCAAGAAAACAUCCAGAUCCUAGGGGGAGGAUCAAAUCUUGGCAGACGGAGAAGGAUUUUCAUGUCAUCCUUCUUGCUUGUUACGCUAUCUAGCAGUUCCCAGUUACGAUCAUAUUAUCCCUUGUUGGUAGCAGAUCUUGAAGUAUGGGACGCGACAGUGGCUCUAGAACUGUUUAUCCGUGUUUGGUAAUUGUAGCGAGAAUAGUUAGACGCAAGAGAAUAUGCAAACCAAGAAAAAAAAGAAUUAAAAAAAUC